UUCUUCGGUUUUGAACAUUAGAUAAAUGUAAGAGGUCCCACUCUGUAGAUAUCUUUUAUUCCAAUUCCCUGAAUAGUUUUAUUUCUCCAAGUGAACAAAAGGUGGCGGCUUCUGGAUGGAUGAGAUGUUCGCUAUUGCCCUCUUCCUCCUGUCUUUGGUGUCUCAUCAGUCCAUGGUAGCUGCACAGGAGAAGGUGAACCAGAGAGUAAGUCGAGCGGUGACCCCUGCAGCAGUUUCCUGCCAGCUGAGCAACUGGUCAGAGUGGACAGAUUGCUUUCCAUGCCAGGACAGAAAGUACCGAUACCGGAGCCUCUUGCAGCCUGACAAGUUUGGGGGAGCCAUCUGCAGUGGUGAUAUCUGGGACCAAGCCAGCUGCAAUAGUCCUACGCCUUGUCUAAGGCAGCCACAGUGUGGACAAGAUUUCCAGUGUAAAGAGACAGGUCGCUGCCUGAAACGGUACCUUGUGUGUAAUGGACAUAGUGACUGUCUGGAUGGCUCUGAUGAGGACAAUUGUGAAGACAUCAGGGCUGCCGAAGAUGACUGCAGCCAGUACGAGCCGAUUCCUGGAUCAGAGAAGGUGGCCUUGGGGUACAACAUUCUGACCCAGAGAGAAGCCCAGAGCGUGUAUGAUGCCAGGUAUUAUGGGGGCCAGUGUGAGCCAGUGUACAACGGUGAGUGGAGGGAGCUUCGGUAUGACCCCGCCUGUGAGCGGCUGUACUAUGGAGAAGACGAGAAGUACUUUCGGAAGCCUUACAACUUCCUGAAGUACCACUUUGAAGCCAUGGCAGAUACUGGAAUGUCUUCAGAGUUGUAUGAGGAUGUAAAUGACCUUCUUUCUAAAAUAAAAAAUGACAGAUUCCAGUCAAAUGGAAUAACUGUUGGCAUAGGCCUAGAAAAGUUUUUGAAGGGUCUUUCCAGUGUAAACGUGGGAGUAUCCUGGUCAGAAGACUCUUCAUUUUUGAAUAAGUUAAGCAAGUAUAAUGAGAAGAAAUAUAGCUUCAUGAGAAUUUUCACAAAAGUACAGACUGCCAGCUUUAAAAUGAGGAGGCACAAGAUCAUGCUGGAUGAAGGGAUGCUGCAAUCACUGAUGGAACUCCCAGAGCAGUAUGAUUAUGGCAUGUACUCCAAGUUCAUUGAUGACUACGGCACCCACUACAUUACGUCUGGAUCCAUGGGUGGGACCUACGAGUACAUCCUGGUGCUUGACAAAGCAAAAAUGGAAUCUCUCGAUCAGAAUCACGAGCCGAGAGUGCAAAGCCUGCAGCCUGCAGCCUGUCCCCACACAGAGACGACAGCAGCACUUGCCCACAAUUGCUGGGCACUCAACAUGGCCAGGGUUAAUGGAUUUGACCCUUCCAACCAUCUUAGCAGGCAGCAGCUGUUAAAACCUUCACCUUGCACACGGGAAGCUCAAGAGCAGAGAGGCCAAACAGCUACCCAGAUGGCACGGAGGCCCAGGUGCAGCCCCGCCCAGGCAGUCUCCAUUCCCGAGGCUGCCCUUCCCGGUGCUACCUCUUAUCACAGCCAAAACUGCCCAGAAAAGCUAGAUCCCCUGGGCAAGGCCAGAUCUGAGAGACGGAAGACUGGGGACUAUACCCCAGCACUGGCCUGGAGCACAUGGCUGCCUUCUCUGAGCCCCUUUGUCCAAUGGGGUCAUCAGAGAAGGAGGGGCUGGCACGGCUCCCUCUCUGACCACAUUCCUGCAGUGGCCUACGGUGUGGACCUCUCUUCAGGGCCACACAGAGCACCCAUGAGCUGGAUGGACCACACCUUGCUUCAAAGCUCUGAUAACUGAGCCUGUUAGGCAUGGGAUUGGGGUGCUAAGAUUUAUUGACUACCUAAUUAGGCCAACACUAUGUUCAGGAAUUCACUCAUGGGAGCUGCUAACACCCUCAUUUUUAAAGAGUGGGAAAAUGAGGCACAAAGUUGACAACUUAAGUCUCAUUAUGAGCAAAUGAUAGGACUUGCUUCCCAGGGUUCACACUGUGAACCACCACAACCACCAGUGAGCCUCGGCCAGCGAGCUUGUGGAAUGGGCACAUCCUCCUUGCUUGUAGGAUGCUUAGGAUCACAGAAUGAGUUACAGAGGUGAAGCAGAUAAAAGUGCCUUAGAAAGCAUCAAUUGUUUUUCUGUAGACAAUAAAUCAAGGGCCUUGAGGGUCUUCACACUGAGCUCCAACUUCUGUCCCCUUUUCAUUUUUUACUUUGAGACAAGGUCUUCUGUGUUGCUCAGGCUGGGCUUAAAUUUGUGAUCCUCCUGUCUCAGCCUCCCUCAGAUUGCUGGAAUUGAAGUGUUUACCACCAUACUCACCUAAAAUAUCAACUCUCAUUCACGCACAAUUAUAAAACUGUGAUUUGUGUCUUUAACAAAGGAAGAUCUCCCAAAACAUUUUAGAGCUAUUGUCUAAGUAGGUUGGGACCAGCUAGUCUCUGAGAACUCCUGGUCACUGGGCAUGCGCCAGGUGUUCUGCUGACCUUUGCAGAAGUGAGAGAUGACUGAGAGGCUUGUGGUUUCAUUAGAAAAACAAGACAACAAGUUGAAAGUCACGACGAAGGUAUAUUCAGUACAGUGCUGGUGAGAAGCAAAGCACAGGACUAUUGCAGGGACUCUGAGACAGUGAGAAAAAUCUGUCAGGAGCUCAGUAGAGAAACUCAAUGAAAGAAAUAUGGAGACUUUCCAGCCAGGAAGAACAGCACAUGCUGAGGUGCAGAGAGACUGCCUGCAUUCUCAGGUCCUGGGGGAGGAGGCAUGUUUUCAUGGAUCUGUGAAGGCACAAAAGGGCCAGUGAGGCGGCCGAUGCCUCCAGGCAGUCCAGGAAACAGAGGAACCAACCGUGUGACACAAGGCAUGGACUAUCGGACUUGCUUUUCCUUUUGGGCUGUCUUGGAGGGCAGCCAACAUAGGGAAGUGAUAUAGCAGAGAGAUCACAGCAACCUGAAUACUGUUCGUUUGUUGCAAAGAGAUAAACAAUGCAUUGCACCUGCUGUUUUCCACCUGAUGCUUUUAAUCUGAGGGGUGACAAAGACUGUGUUCUGGCACCCUAAAAGUCAAGCUGCCUGGUUCUGCCUCUGAGCCACACGGAUGCAGCAGCUUGGUGGGGGAGCAGGAGGAACCCUCCUACUGAAGAGGAGGGUUGGGGAUGGCAUGAGGAGAGGGAAGGGGAGGGGAAGGCUCUCACUUCUGCACCCCCCCCCAAAGACCAAGGGGCAACAAGCAGAGACAUGGCCUUGGUUCCUCUGGACUGCCAAACAGGCACAGAUGCAGCCAUUCUUGGGGCCAGAUUACAGUGGGAGAAACUUGGGGCCCCACCCCACACAUCAUGAGUAUUCCACUCUGGAACUCUAGCCAUGCUAAUCUUUCUGAGCACAAUCCGCCCCCAAGGAAGCCUCCCUCAGCCUGCAGAGACCUCUCACAGGCCCGCUUCCCACCCUCAACUCUAAACCCAUUCACUCUCAGUGCCCCUCUAUUUUUUUUUUUAAUUUCCAGGAUGCCUUGUGCAGAGUAAAACAUUAUUAGGUGCUUAUUAAAGUUGCCUCAGACAGUCUCAAAGUGCUCUGUAAGAUUCAGAAUCUUAACAUUAAAGGACCACUGUUUGUUGCUCUGUAAACUCUUCUGUGGUGCCCCACUAGGCAGGAGCCAGCCUGCAAGACAAUUCCUCUCUGAAAGCGAGAGCCUUCUUUUCCCUUUACAUAAACUUUCUCAGUCUCUUCAAACAUUUUUUAAAAAUAUGAUGCUGAAUUUCUACAGCCCAGGGUUACUCUUCAUUUUGUAUUCCUUGGAUUUUUUAUUUUAUAUUUUUGUUGUAAGAGCUCUUAAUAAAGCAUCUACCCCUGUAACGAA